GGCUGCAUUAUUGAUGAGAAGAGGAAGGAAGGAUUGAAAGCAGUGCCGGGACUGUGUGUGUGCGUGUGCGAGUGUGUGCGUGUGUGUGUGAGUGUAUAGAAGAGAUGGGGGAGAGGAGUUCGGUGCAGCAGCACAAGCAUCCUCCCUACGAUGGUGGGCUUUGCAACUAUUCCCAGAAAAUCAUCUCCUGCUUCGGACUGGACGUGGCACAUGAGCAGGACACACACCAUUCCAUUGAGAAGCCUCUGAUUCAGUGCUACAAGUGUGGGGAGCCAUGUAAGGGUGAGGUGCUUCGGGUCCAGUCCAAGCACUUCCACCUGAAGUGCUUCACCUGUAAAGUGUGUGGCUGUGACCUGGCUCACGGAGGCUUCUUCAUGAAAAAUGGAGACUACCUGUGUACCCUGGACUACCAGCGAAUGCACGGUACACGCUGCAACGGCUGUAGGGACUUUGUGGAGGGAGAGGUGGUCACUGCCCUAGGCAAGACUUACCACCCUGCCUGCUUUGUCUGCACCAUCUGCAAACGACCAUUUCCUGCUGGGGAUAGGGUCACCUUCAAUGGCAAAGACUGUCUGUGUCAGUACUGUGUCCAGCCCAUGUCCCCAGGACCUGGCAAAGACCUCAUCGACUCCAACUGCUGUACGGGCUGUGGUAGAGACAUUAAGAAUGGUCAGGCUCUCUUAGCACUGGAGAGACAGUGGCACCUGGGCUGCUUUAAGUGUACGGCCUGUAAAAAAGUCCUCACUGGGGAGUACAUCAGCAAGGAUGGCGCACCCUAUUGUGAGAAGGACUACCAGAUCCAUUUUGGGGUCCAGUGCGAGGCAUGCCAGCAGUUUAUCACAGGCAAAGUACUGGAGGCAGGGGACAAACACUACCAUCCCAGCUGUGCACGAUGCAGCAGGUGCAACCAGAUGUUCACAGAAGGAGAAGAGAUGUACCUGCAAGGAUCAACCGUGUGGCACCCUGGCUGUAAGAACACAACCAGAACAGAGGAGCAACAGAGGGAACAGCCUUCAAGGUCGUCAUCCGAGAGUAUCUGUUCCAGACCUGGUUCAAGCAUACAUGGGUCACCAGGUCAUACCAUAUAUGCAAAAGUAGACAAUGAGAUCCUUGAAUACAGGGACCUAGCCGCCAUUCCCAAAGUCAAAGCCAUUUAUGAUAUAGACCGCCCUGAUCUGAUUACCUACGAGCCUUUGUACACCUUGUCCCUUGACGAGAGGGAGGAGAGGAAGGAGAGUGUGGGAGAGCUCCAUACUGCGAGAAGGGAGCGUUCCCCCAUGCCAGAUGACAAGUCCUCAAGAAACAUGUCACCUACACCAUCCGCUAGCUGCUAUGACAUAAGAGAACGCAUCCUUCAGAGGUCUACCAGUCAGGGCUCCAUCGGCUCACCUGUCUACAAUCGUCAUAGUUACACCCCGUUGUCACGCUCACCACAGCAUUUUCACAGACCAGAAGCUUUGACAGGCAUGCAGAAGCUCUGCUCCGCCCUGUGUAGUAACAGUAUGGGCUCCUCCAGCCAUAGUGACUCCCGUCCCACCUCACCUUUCAGACACCACUCCUUUCCCCAUAGCCAAGGCACUGAUCCACAUAGCGGGCGGAGCUCCCCUAUACCCCAAAGGCCAGACAGCCGGCCUGUCACUCCGCCUCUCUCUCUGACCCCUAAACAUUUCCACCUCCCAGAUCAGGGGAUCAACAUUUACAGGAAACCACCCAUCUACAAACAACACGAUUCACCUGCACCAAAAAGAAAGUCUGCUGAUGAAAUCAUCAGAUCCGCUACGUUUCCUGCUGCCCAUGUCCCCCCUCUGGAUGACACGUCACCGAGCAAGAGCGACCACUGGUCCCCCUGCGCUCUCUCCCUGGCCCUGGUUGCCUUAGGAUCAGAAGGAGGAAGGAGAUGGUCUAGGGAAGAGGAGGAAGAGGAGUCCCUGAAGAGAAAGCAGCUCCAGGAGGAGCAUAUCAACAAGAUCCAGUCUGGUUUGGGGAAGCUGAUAAUGAAGGAGGAGAAUGAGAAGGAGCAGAUCAGGGAACGCAGCCAAUCAGCUCAGCGCUAUGAUCCCCAGCAGACGAACUGUGAUGGAGAUAAUUCCAAAACCUCAUCGCUGCCUGGUUAUGGACGGAAUGGAUUACACAGGCCUCAGUCCGCAGAUUUCACUCCUUACAACAGCCAUAUCAACAUGUGUGGGGGAGGAAGAGAGUUUCAGCACAUUAGGGAUGGCAGUGCUGCAGUAACAAGAAUGGACAGGGGAGUGUCUAUGCCUAAUAUGUUGGAAACAAAAGUUGUACCAUAUGAAAUGCUCAUGAUAACCAGUAGAGGGCGAGCUAAACUGCCCAGGGAGGUGGACAGAACAAGACUGGAGCGCCACUUAGCCCCAGAAACGUUCUUUGACAUCUUUGGGAUGGAGAUCCAGGAGUUUGACAGGCUUCCACUGUGGAAACGCAACAACAUGAAAAAGAAGGCCAAUCUCUUCUAGCAGUCAGAGCAGAAUGCACUCAUCCCAUCCUUUCAGAUAGCACUACUUUAACACUGUAAUAUAGAUGUAAGGUUUGUUUCGAUUUUUGUCAACCUUUUUUUCUGACAUGUUCAAGAAGGCAAUGGACUCUUCUUUAUUUUUUCACGAUGCCUCCUCUGCAGACUGAAUACAUGAUAUGAUUACUAAUAGAUACAUUUGAAAGGCUACAAGGAAAGAAAAUAAAACAAUUUCUUCCAUGUUCAAAAAUUAGAAAGAAUUAUGAAUUAAGUCAUGUUCUUUUUGAUUGCUGCGCUUGUUUUCAUUUCUGGCUUUGCUUUGAAUGGAACUGCUUUCCUUGACCUGCUUGUUUCCUCAUAUUUGUUGCUGUUGAUUCCUGUGGAACUUUGUUAGUAGAAUUUCAUGGCACCAUAUGAUAUAUGCUGUUCACAUGCAAAAAUUGAAUGUCUGUCAGCUUCACAUGUCAAUGGUCAGUUUGCCCUCAUUUGGGCAAUCAAGUCAAAUCAAAUGGCUGUCUUCAUCAUGGGAAAUAUUGGGUCUUGCCAUUUCUUUAUGGCCCUAAUACAUACCAGCUAGCCUAAGCUCCUCCUAUGUUACUCUCACUGGCAUCAGAGUCUGGAAAAGCUGCUAUUCAAAACAAUAUAAUGUGGUUUACGUAUAGAUCCGGGUCAUAUUCUUUAGGGCAUGAAACGGAAAACAUUUUAAACUGCUUUUCAACAAAAAAUGGAAAUGAGCCUUCGUUAUUGGACGAGUCCAAGUAGUCCCUCCCUGUUUCAGUCUGUUUUCUUUGGUUUGAUGCCAAAUGAGAUCGACUCAGUUUCGCCUCUCAGGCUCCCAUUGGAGUAGCAAUUCCUAUUUUACUAACAAACACAUUAAAUGUAAAAGAUAAAAAUGAAAUACUAUUUGAAAUGACUGUUUUAUAAAGGAAACCCACACUGCCAUUUGUUGUACUAAAAUAUAAGCAAAAAAUAAAGCUUUAAAUCACUGUGUAUGUUAAUCCUCGGCUACUCCAAAGGUAUCGCCUGUAUUAGUUUACCUGUUCUCCUCUCAGCUAUUAAACUAUAAUAAACACUGUGGUUCAUAUAUGUUGUUCAAGGAACUACAGUGUGUAAUGUAAUAUGAGGACUCUCCUGUCAAGUUUUAUGGAACAAAUCAGACAGUGUGUUCCGUUGACUUCCUGGACUUCAGCCAAUAAAGAGGCAGACACCCA